AUGCCCUUCAAAAUCCUAGCUCACGCCUACCGCAAGCCCGGUAUGUCCACCGAGGACUUCAAGAAACACUACGAGGCCCAUGUCGGACUGAUCAAGCGCCUUUCUGGCGACGAUUUUCCGCUCUCCCACAAACGCACUUAUUUAACUCGUCAAACCGUCGACGUUGCUUCAGCGGGAGCUACUUCCUCCAAUGCUACCACCCCGGCUGUCGUAUUAGUCGGACAGCAAUCGGAGUUUGACUUUGAUGCCUAUGCGGAACUAACGUUCACCGAUGAGCAUGCUUGUCAAGUCUUUGUUCAAAAAAUUCGCGCCCCUGAGGCUGUGGAUCAGAUUGCUGCGGAUGAAGAGCUGUUUUUGGAUCGAUCGAAGUUUGCGGUUGUUGUUCUUGGAGAUGUUUCUGAGACUACGGUUUGA